GACAUGGCGGUCACUAUUGAAGUUUCAGCGCCACAAGGCAGAAUCAAGACCCUGUACCGUCCAGCGGCAGAAAUUAGAGAAAGCUUAAAACCUUAAGAUGGCUUUCAAAUCUCUCGAAGUCGUCGAGUUUCGCAGACUAGGAGUAUCUCAUCAAGAUGGGGGUCCAUAAUCUUCUACUCGUCGUUGCUCUUGCGGGUCUCUCUGUCGCUGCCACACUUCCUCGUGCCAACACAUCUGCUCCUCCUCUGAUUCCAAAUGUCAGAAAGGGCUCCGGGACAUUACAUCUUUCAAUCAAGCACAAGCACAGGGAAGGCCAAACGAAAAGAGGAGACCCCGCAAGUGUCAUUUUCAAUGAAAACUCAUUCUACUUGAUUGAACUAAGCAUUGGUACCCCACCUCAACCUAUUGAUGUAUUACUCGACACUGGCUCUUCUGAGCUGUGGGUUAAUCCCACCUGUUCCUCAUCCUAUAAUCCGACGGUCUGCGAUGAGCUGCCGCGUUAUGAUCCAGCUCUGUCAUCUACUUCUGAAGACCUAGAUGGCACAUUUGAUAUCGCGUAUGGCACUGGGGAUGUUUCUGGAGAAUACUGGUGGGAUACGGUUAGCAUCGCAGGAGUCAAUGUCACCACUCAACGAUUUGGAGUUGCAGACACUAGUUCGUUUUCUAUACUGGGAAUCCUUGGCGUAGGAUUGGGCUACGGCUUUGGAUACGCUGGAGAAGACGAGUAUUACUACUAUUACGAGAUCAUCGACCGUCUGUAUGUGGAGGGCUUUAUCGCAAUUCGUGCCUUUGGUUUAAAUCUGGGCAGUCCAACAUUGUCUGAGGGUUCGAUCGAUUUUGGCGGUAUCGAUACUGGGAAAUACAUUGGUGCUCUUUACAAGAGCCCUGUGAUCCCCUAUUAUGACUCCCCUGAUGGAUUUCCUCGGUAUUGGUUCUACUUAACCUCCAUUGGAAUUACCCAGCCAGGAAAUUCCACCUCGACUCUUCUUAGCGGACCAAGCUAUGCCCAACCAAUGUUUCCAGACUGCGGCGCGACCUUGUCCCAACUUCCACCGAGUCUCUUCAAUGCGUUGAUCCAGUUCUUCCCCACAGCUGUUAACAACGGCAAUGGUGUCUACGAAAUCGAUUGUUCCAUCCAAAGCGAACCCGGAACCAUUGAUUUCGGUUUCGGAACCAAGAUUAUCAGUGUUCCCUACUCUGAAUGGUUCCGCCAAUCUGGCUCGACAUGCAUUUUCGGUGGAGUCUCGAAUGCGGAUGUGUUCAGUCUGGGAGAUACUUUCAUGAGAUCGGCAUAUAUUGUUUACGACCAAGACAAUUUUAACAUCCAUAUUGCCCAGGGAGCUGAUUGUGGAACGAAUGUCAUUCCUAUCACGACAGGAGUCGAUGCUGUUCCUUCGGUCACCGGUCAAUGCACAGCUGUGUCAAGUACAAGCAGUUCCUCCUCAAGCAAGAAGACCUCGUCUUCCAGCUCAUCGGUCAAGGCAACAUCCUCGAGCAAACUCAGCACGACCUCAGCAAGCUCGUCAUUGAAGACAUCCUCGACAAAGGUUAGCACGACAGUUAUUUCGAGCUCGUCAUCCAAAGGUACACUGUCGUCCACCAAAAUCAGCACAACUCUGUCUUCGAGUAAAUUAUCAAGCUCAGCAAGCGUAUCUUCAUCAAAAUCAAGUAGCAAGUCCUCGACAAGCUCAAGUGUCAAGUCUACAGCGACGAAUUCCAGCAAAUCGUCCUCAAAGUCAAGCUCACUCUCCUCCUCGUCGAGCAAGUCUUCUCUGAAGAGUUCAACAACAUCCUCCAUCAAGACUAGCACCUCUCUGAGUGCAUCUUCUUCGAAAAGUAGCAGCAAGUCGACAGUAACGACGGCAAAGGGCCCCACGACGACAUUCGUGAGCUCGUAUACAUCGAGCCAUCAUCGGAUUGUGACUACGAUUACUGAGUAGUGGCAUACCGAUCUAUCGAGUAGGGAAAUUAGACAGGAUGAUGUUGAAAUGAAUGUUAUGAAUCUAGGCUCAGCCAUGCUGGGACCUGGUGGGGUAAUUCAGAUGUCACCUUUCAAGUAUAACACUUAAACCCAAUAGAUUAUAGUC